AUGAAUAAGUUUCAACCUAUUUUCCCAAAUAACAAUUUAACCAAAUCAAUAAACUAUACUUCAAGUGUAGUCAAAGUAAAUCCAACUCUUUAUAAUGGCGAUAAUAAUAAAUUACAAAAUAUUUUAAGAGAACUAAAAAAAAGAGAAUUUCAAAAGAAAAUAAGAAAAAAUAUCAAUACAAUUCAAAAUAAUAAAAAUAACUGUAAUAACAAUAAUAUGAAUCCAAAUAAUACUAAUAGUUAUAAUAAUAAUAACAAUAAUAACAAUAAUAUUAAUAAAAAUGAAAUUAAUGAUAAUGAAAAUAAUAACAAUAAAAACCCUAUUAAUGUUGAUUAUGUAGUUCCAAAAUAUAGCAAUUAUUUUUUAAAUAAUAGCAAUUAUAUAAAUGGAUAUAACAAUAUUAACAAUAACUAUAUAAAAUAUACUUUUUUAAAUAAUGUAAAUAAUGUAAAUAAUGUAAAUAAUGUAAAUUCUAAUUCAAAUGACAUCCCCUCAGAUAUAUCAAACAGCCAAAUAGCCAUAAACCCAAAUGAAAUUAAAAAAAAAGUUAAAAAGACCUCAAAUAAAUCAAUAUCUUAUACCUUUAUAAAUAAAUCUUUACCACCCUUGCCCAAAAAGAAAAUAAAUAAUGAAGAUUGUGGUGAUAGUGUAGUUCCAACAUUAUUUAAAUCAUACAAGGAUAUUAAACCAACCAACGAAAUUGUUUAUUUAGUUCCAAAAUACUCGUCUUGUCGUCUACCAUCUCUUGAACAAAUACAAUCAAAUAGUAAUUGUUCAUCUUUAGACCUUCCACCAAUAACAAGAAAUAUAUUUGAAUAA